CUGAGAAGCCUCUUCCCUCUCUCAUUCUCCCCGUUUUUUCUCCACAUUCCCUCCUUGUUCGUCUCCAUCUUCCUUCCCGAGAACUAGAGGUCAUUGUCGAUAAUCGUCUUCGUCAAGAGCACGCAGAGCGGCGGCACCGGAGCCAUAUUUCUGUCUCAGAUUCCACUCUCUUCCUUCUUUUCUACCGGUUUUAUUUUAUUUAUCUUCCUUUCUGUGCCCCGGACUCUUUUCUCUCUUUAUUUUUCUUUUCCUCCCUUCCUUUUUCUCCGUCCCCUUUCAUUGACGUCGUAUACAGCGCGUCGUCCACCUCGGCUACCCAGUUACGAAAGAUACUCCCUACCACUGGCAAUCGAUUGCUCCUUCUUCAUUUUUUUCUGAACCAACCGUGGCAGAUCCCAUUGGAUUCGGACGUCGCUCCCCUCAUCAACACCAUCUCCUCUGAACCAACCGUAGCAGAUCCCAUUGGAUUCGGACGCCUCUCUCCUCAUCAACACCAUCUCCAAAUCCUUGCCGUUCGAAGUGGAAUAUAAGACUAAGAGCAGACUCAAAUUCCCAGUCGCCGAUCAUUCCCAGGCCAUAUUUUAAUUAGCCAAUUUGUAGGUGAAGUAAUGGAUGGUGAAACCCAAAGCACCAGUGAUCAUUCAAGGACUAGUUGGACACCACCAAUGGACCGAUAUCUCAUUGACCUUUUGCUAGAUCAAGUGCGUAGAGGAAAUAAGAUUGGUCAUUUGUUCAACAAACAAGCAUGGACAGACAUGGUUGGGUUGUUCAAUGACAAAUUUGGGCCUCAGUAUGAUGAAGAUGUUUUGAAGAAUCAGCACAAUAGUUUGAGGAAGCAAUACAAUGACAUUGUAACCCUUCUUGGUCAGAGUGGGUUCACUUGGGAUGAAAGGCGCCAAACAGUGGCAGCUAAUGAUUAUGUAUGGGAUGAUUACUUAAAGGCACACCCAGAUUCACGAUUGUACAAAACAAAAAUUGUGCCGUACUAUAAUGAUUUGUGCAUAAUAUAUGGACAUGCAAUUGCUGAUGGAAGAUACAGUCUUUCAAGUCAUGACAUGGACCUUGGCAGUGAAGUUGCAGGGAAAAGAACGGAUACCCAACUCACCAUCAGUGGUGAUUGUUCAAAAAUUGAUUGGACAAUGACAAUGGACCAUUACUUUGUUGAACUUAUGAAGGAUCAGGUGCACAAGGGAAAUAAAAUUGGCCAUAUAUUCAAGAAAAAAGCAUGGGUUCAGAUGAUUGCAUCAUUCAAUGAAAAUUUUGGAUUUCAAUAUGAAAAGGAUGUUUUGAAGAAUCGGUACAAAAAUUUGAGAAGGCAAUACAAUAAUAUUAAGAUUCUUCUUGGCCAAAGUGGGUUUAGUUUGGAUGAAACACAACAAAUGGUGAUAGCAGAUAAUUGUGUUUGGGAUGAUUAUAUCAAGGCACAUCCCAAUGCUCGAGUGUUCAGAAACAGAGUAAUUCCAUAUUAUAGUGAUCUGUGCAUGAUAUAUGGUGACACAACUACUGAUAUAAAAUUCAAUCACUUGGAUCAAGGCGGUGAGCUUGACAAUAUCGUUAAUGUGCAGAGCGUUGUGACACCAGGAGGUCAACACUCUCAGGCCAUGCCUGUUGCACAAGGGGGGCUAAUGCAUUCAUCUAGAAACUUUGACACAUUGGAUCAACAGAACAAGCGUAGGUCUGAAAUUCCGUCAACAUAUCAACAUUCUAGAAAAUCACGGAGGUGCUUACAUAAUGAUAUGAUGGAGGCUCUUCAUAAGAUGGCAAUGGCCAUUACAUCAUUGACAAAUAAAAAGGAGAUUGACAACUCUUUCUCAACAGAAAAUGUGAUUGGUCUUCUUCAGGCUGUACCAGACAUGGAUGAAGAGCUUCUAUUAGAUGCCUGUGACAUUCUGGAGGAUGAAACAAAUGCAAAGAUAUUUUUAGCCUUGGAUGCCACACUACGAAAGAAGUGGUUAAUAAGGAAGCUUCGUUCAUGGUAGUCUCGUUAUGCAUCCCAUUUUAGAUGUUUUCCAUCUUUUGGUGUGGUGGGACAUGUUUAAUUCAUCACUAUGUUAUGGUAACUACAUGCGUCGGCAUUGAAGUAUUUAGAUCUUUGGGAUUCUUCAAUUUCUGUGUACUAUGUUGAACUGUUGAUUAGGAUUAAUUCUCAUGAUUAGUUUAA